GCUGAAACAGUCUUCUCCCCUGAAAGCCAGACACAACUAAAUAAGUUAGCACGCAGGGGCCGUGUGGGCAUCUUUGCACAACCUUUCCUCUUUUAUAAAUCAUUAGAAACAAGCGCUCGUAUGACCUGCGAUCGCUGACCGGGGGGAGAACGACGCCGAGGUGGACCUCCUGAUCCACAGAGUGGGAUUCCUUUUCCUUCUGCAUUCCUGAUGGAGUCGUACAGAGUCUCUGGCAUUCCUAACAGUGGACCGCAGCGGGGCCACGCUCCCCUGUCCCGCCCCUCCAGGCCACACAGCAAUGGAGCUGGUACAUACGGUCUCAGCAUCCGAGUCCAGGGUAUCGAUGGACACCCAUAUGUUGUUCUCAACAACCAGGACAGGGCUCCGCAAUCCUUAAUGGACCCGAACGGUAAUGGGCACGUUGACACCGAGGGCUCCUUUAUUGAGAACUAUCAAGAGUAUGAUUUCAGUGGAGGAAAGGAGGCUGGAUCCAACAGCCCCUUCAUGGAGUUCAGGGGUCAGAAAAUGACUCAAAAUGGCACCGCAGAUUCACUAGGAAAGAAAACGUCCUCCCUCCUGAACUUUCAGAAGCACCCUGAGAUACUGCAGCCGUAUGAUCCAGAGAAUAACUCCCUAAACCUUGAUGGUCGCCACAGCCUGCCUUCGAGGCCUCUUCCUCUGGCUGAAGCAGGGAACAAACACCAGAGUUCCUCCUCCAGACCUGGUGGCGUUGCGCGGCCCAGCGCCACGGCAUCAAGCCUGGAGAGGAGCAACGCUCCUGCGCAUCAAGAAAAAAGGUAUCUUCCGUCCAAGAGUCUGAAUGAGACAGCCCUUCCUAAGCCAAAGUCACAGCCCCCGGCUUUGCCUCCAGCCCAGCUGGCUCCGUCACCGGCAAGGCCUCAUUCACAAGUGGCCCAGCCCCAGUCCAAACCUCAUCUUACCAACUUAAAUCCACCGCAGUCCAAGACAGGCUCCAAAACGCAGCAGCAUCCGGGGCCUCAAGCCGAGCCACAGCCCGUCAAAGCGCCGCGUCCGACAAGUGAGCAGACCAAGACCUCACCCAGAUUCCCCACUUUGACGACCGGCACCAACUCCAGCCUUGAGCGCACUCGGCGUGAGCCCGAUGUCCUUCCUCUACGCAGGACCGACUCCAGCGAUCCAGUUCUUCAGCCCUCCUCCCGUUCCCGCCACUCCUCCUGCUCCUCCACCUCAAAGGCUCCCGGGGACGAGCAGAUGGACGCCCUGUACGCCGACACGAUCAAUCGCCACGAGAACCGCCGCUAUAUCCCUUUCCUCCCAGGUUCAGGCAGAGACAUUGACACAGGCUCCAUUCCCGGGGUCGAUGAACUCAUUGAGAAGUUUGACGGCAAAGACGGCAGCUGCCAGCGCAGGGGCAGGGCCGGCCGCAGGAACAGGAUCAAUCCCGACGACAGGAAGCGCUCGCGCAGCGUGGACAGUGCCUUCGGCCUACGAGACGGCCCCAGCCACGUGGACGGGUUUAGCCGGCAGCGAGGCACGUCCACGGAGCACGUCCUGCGGCCCUCACAGCUGCGGCUGCAGAAAGCCGGCGGCCUAACGGCUGUAGACGGUCGGGGCGGCCCAAGGGCUCCAUCGCUGGUCGCCAGCGCGCCUGGCUCCCCUCAGAGCACCGCCUCUAACGAUGUAGGCGCUGCAGAGGGUUGCAACAAGCCUCAAACUCUCACUCCUUCGCUACCAUUCAAAAGCAACAAAAGUCAGGAUGCUGGCUCCUCAGCUGGAAAGGUUUCGGCAACGUCACGGCCAUCGUUGUCAUCCAGUCCUUCUUCCACCGCCAACACCAAACCCACGAAGGAGGCAGAUGCUCAGGCAACUCCUGAUCUUUUGAAAGGUCAACAGGAGCUUUCACAACAAACACAUGAAGAGACAGCAAAACAAAUUCUCUUCAAUUACCUGAAGGAUGGGAGCACUGAUAAUGAUGAAACGACAAAGAGGAAGGUCAACCUCGUCUUUGAGAAGAUACAAACGUUGAAGUCUCGGGCCACUGCGGGCGCACAAGGUGACAACAAGUCUCUGGACUUUGGUGCACUGACCAAAGCUCUGCAGGAGCAAAAUGAGGAACUGGGGAACGAAAUGGCCGAACUGAAGAGAAAACUUGAGGACCAAACUACGAAGAAUGAGGCUGACAAGAAGACCGUUGCAGGUCUGAAGAAGCUGCAGCAGGAGCUGGAGCGGAGCAUGGAGGAGUGCAGGCGCCUGAAGGAGGAGCUGGCCAAAGCAGAGGUCGAGCUGCAGGCUACAGUGGAAGAGCUGUUCCAGGUGAAGAUGGAGAGGGAGCAACACCAGACAGAAAUCAGAGACCUGCAGGACCAGCUGUCCGAGAUGCAUGAUGAGCUCGACCUCGCCAAGAAGUCAGCCGCAGAUGAAGAGAGAGACCUCGUCAUGGUGGACAUGAUACAACUAAAAGUGGAGAUGCAGGAAGUUCUUUUAGCCAAGGAAGAGCAAGAAGAGGUGCUGAGGAGAAGAGAGAGGGAGCUCACAGCUCUGAAAGGAGCCUUGAAGGAGGAAGUGGCCGCCCAUGAUCAGGAGGUGGACAAGAUGAAGGAUCAGUAUGAGAAGGAAAUAAGCAGGCUGCAGACAUCUUUGGUGGAGGCCAAGCAGAGCAGCGCGGCAGCGGUCCGUGAGAGGGCUGAAGUGGAGGCGGCCAAGGGCGCAGUGGAGGGCCAGGCAGGACGCCUGAACCUGGAGGCCGAGCGGCUGCGAAGGCGUGCGCAGGAGCUGGAAAACGAGGUGGCCAAACUCAACCGCAUCAUCGAUGAGGCCAAGCUACAGGAGAGCAGGCAGAGCGACAGAGCCGGCCGACUGCAGAGAGAGAAAAAGCAAUUGGAAGAAUCUUUGGCUGAAAUUAAGGAGCAAGAAGAGGAGUUGUCACGUGCCAACCGAGCGUUGUCAAUUCGGUUGGAGGAUGUGCAGAGGAACUUCUCUAAACUGAGUGCUGAGCACAAGUACUUGGAGGAGAGGUUACAAGAAGAGAGGAGUCAGAAGGAACAGUUCAAGCACAUGAAGAACGACGUAGAGGACGAGAGGGAGAUGCUGGACCGCACAGUGGAGAAACUCCAGAGGGAAAUGGACGACAUUGUGGUGGCGUCCCAGGCGUCCACUCUGGAGCUCCAGGAGCAGAUCGAUAUUUAUAAAGAGAACAACCGUAAGGAGCUGACUGAUCUGCAGAGGCUUCUGAAGGAACGAGGACAGGAGUUGGAAAAGUGCCUACUGACCACCAAAACCCUGCAAGAAGAGUUGUCAGUCCGGGAGGAGGACCUGCUGCAGUGUCAGAGGAAACGAGACGAGGCCGUACUCAGGGAGACGACUCUGGAGAAAAAGUGUCAUGAUCUGGAGCUGGAGGCCACCAAAAAGGCCCACGCCAAAGACGAGAAACUUCGACACGUCAAACUUUUAGAGGACAGGAUUGCUCAGCUGGAGUUGGACCUGGAUGAGGAGCGUCAGAGUGGAGACCAGCUGAUGAACAGGAUAGACCGAGGGAGAGAGCAGGUGGAGCAGAUGAGGAAUGAACUCCUGCAGGAGAGGGCUAGCAAACAGGACCUGGAAGGUGACAAGAUGGCUCUGGAGAGACAGACCAAAGAGCUGAAGAGCAGAUUGGCUCAUUUAGAGGGCUCCCACAAGUCCAACAAAGAGGGCCAGGUAUCGCAGCUGGAGGAGCACAUACAGGAGUUGGAGGCGAGGCUGGAUGCAGAGGAAAGGGAGCGGGCCAACCUGCAGCUGGUGAACCGCAGGCUAGAAAGGAAGGUCAAAGAAAUGAUAAUGCAAGGUGAAGAAGAGCACAACUCAAUACAAGACCAAAAGGAUCAGUUGAAUCUGCGCCUAAAGGCCUUAAAAAGGCAGAUGGAUGAAGCUGAAGAAGAGAUCGACCGACUGGAGAACAGCAAGAAGAAGCUGCAGAGAGACCUGGACGAGCAACAGGAGGCCAACGAGCAGCUCCAGAGUCAACUCAAAACUCUGCGAAGCGAGAUCCGACGUAAGGGCACCUCUGCGCCGCUGCUCAACACGCUGGGCGACGACGACGACGACGAUGACAUCAGCACCGACGGGGAAACCUACUUCAGCUCAUCACUGGGGUACAAACGCUCGUCAAGUCAGGACAACAUCUUGUCAACCUUCACUCUGUAAGCAAAGCCGAGGGUGGUGGAUAAAACCGCUUCGUGACGCAUCGCUGACGGCCCGAACAGCUGGAGCUCAGUGCCAGGUUCUCUUUGGAGAAUGACUGUAGAUAUUACACCCAAACGUCUGUGUGAUUCAUUAUGUAUACGGUCUCCACGUCCAUAGAUUCACUCAGUAUUAUUUGAGCAGCUUUGAGUUUAACGGAUGAAAUCAUAAAACUUUGAUGUUUUUGAUUAUCCCGUAGAUUUUAAAUGUAUAUACUGUUUAAUUUGGUGUUUUCUACAUUCUCAAAUGAAGUUUUGUGUUAAAGUUUUAUUCCGAGUGCAUUCUCCUUUGUUACAAAUGGAUUACAUAUGAUUAGCGUUGUAUUAGUUGACGGACUCUUUGAUGCACUGUAAAGCAAUGCAACCAUUACUGCCUUUGUGAACAAUAUGUGGUUAUUAACCCUCAGCUUUCAUGCCUGUCAAAUAUGUUGAAUUUACCUUCAGUAUAUGAACAUUCAUUUUUAUAUCAUUCAGUUAAAUUAAACCUAUUUACUUUUGUUGUAUCAAUUGAAAUCAAAUCUGAGUAUAUGAAGUGAUGAGUGCCUGUAUGCUUUUCUUAUUUAUUCACUGUUUAACACAAUUUCCUGGCUCAGUGAGGGCUUUAGUAAAUGAGGGACUUUGUACACAUCCAUUUUCAUAUACAUUUUGAUACAUCAUGAAAAUAUCAUCAACAUCAUCCUUAAAUUUGAUCAAACACAUUACUCCAAAUAUUAGUAAAAUCACCGCAUUGCUUUAAUAUCUACUACAACACGCUGCUUUGUUCAAUCAUGUGACAAUACUUUGAUUAACUUGUCUUCUUUUGAUUAUUGAUCAUGAAUCAGACGUUUAGCAGUUACAGCACUAAACAAAACCGCGUAUAUUAAAUAACAUGGAAACACUUCUCUUGCUUUGUCUCUGAAUGGGCGAUGUUGAUGCUGAACAUGGCUUAACUUCUUGUUUAAACUCCUAUAUGUGUGUUUGAAUUAUGUCCCUGCACAUACAACCUUAUGAUUAAGUGUACAUGUGCAAACCUCUAUUUGUCUUUGAACUAAAUAAGGGAUUUUCUAAAAAAAGAGAUAAACUGACUCAUUGUUUUGCUGUUCUGUGAUGAUUUGCACUCUGUCGGCUCUGUGCUGAACAUGAGUGUGACCACACGAGGUGGACUGAGAAAAGUUACUGCCACUACCUCUCUGUACACAUUUGUAUGUUCACAAAUCCUGCUGAGACUAAAAUAAAGUUACUUCCAGUUACUCUCA